AUAAAAGAGAGCCAGUUGCCCUCCUCCUUCCGCUGCUCGCCAACCGACAGGCAGUCACAACACUCUUAGAUAACGUGCGUGUAUCUCACCAAACCUACUAUUUCCUUGAACGGCCCACAUCAUGUCUAAAGGUACAGUGGUUCUGGCCUACAGCGGUGGACUGGACACAUCAUGCAUUCUGGUUUGGCUAAAGGAACAGGGCUAUGAUGUAAUCACGUACUUGGCUAACAUUGGGCAAGAUGAAGAUUUCGAAGCUGCCCAGAAAAAGGCAGAAAGCCUUGGUGCAAAGAAGGUUUUCAUCGAAGACCUGCGUGCAGACUUUGUGGAGAACUUCAUCUGGCCCGCAGUUCAGGCCAAUGCCAUCUAUGAGGACCGAUACUUGCUGGGCACUGCAAUAGCACGGCCCUGCAUCGCCCGCCGGCAGGUGGAGAUUGCACGUAGGGAGGGUGCCCAUUUUGUCUCCCAUGGUGCCACAGGAAAGGGCAAUGACCAGAUACGUUUUGAGCUCACAUGCUAUGCCCUCUACCCUGAGGUUCAGAUCAUUGCACCAUGGAGGAUCCCUGAGUUCUACAACCGCUUCCGGGGGAGAACAGACCUGAUGAAAUAUGCUGAGAAACAUGGCAUCCCUGUACCUGUCACUCCUCGGGCACCCUGGAGCAUGGAUGCCAACCUCAUGCAUAUAAGCUAUGAGUCUGGAAUCCUGGAGAACCCUAAGAGCCAUGCUCCAGCUGACCUGUACCUGAUGACCAAGAACCCAGAAGAUUCUCCCAGCAUUCCUGAUGUCCUAGAGAUAAGCUUCAGAAAUGGAGUGCCCGUCAAGGUGACCAAUGUGAAGGAAGGCAAGUCCAAGGACUCACCACUGGAUAUCUUUUCAUACCUCAAUGAGGUUGGUGGAAAGCAUGGUGUGGGUCGGAUUGACAUUGUAGAGAACCGUUUCAUUGGGAUGAAGUCCCGAGGAAUAUAUGAAACCCCAGGAGGCACAAUUCUAUUGAAAGCCCAUUUAGACAUUGAGACUUUUACCAUGGACAAAGAGGUACGUCGGAUCAAACAGGGACUGGGUAUCAAGUUUUCUGAACUGGUCUACAAUGGUUUCUGGUACAGUCCAGAGUGUGAUUUUGUCCGACACUGCUUGAACAAAUCCCAAGAGAAUGUGGAGGGCAAAGUACAGCUGUCUGUCUUCAAGGGUCAGGUCUACAUCUUGGGACGAGAGUCACCCAAGUCCCUUUACAAUGAGGAGUUGGUGAGCAUGGAUGUGCAGGGAGACUACGACCCGUGUGAUGCCUCAGGAUUCAUCAGGAUUAAUGCUGUCAGGUUAAGGGAACACCACCGUUUGCAGGGUUUCUCCAGCACCAAGGAGUAACUGCUACAGUCCUGUAAGCAGCUUCUUCUCUCCAGGGUGUCUUAAGCAGUAGUAGGUUUAGACUUUGUGCCUCUAUUGUGUACUGUUGGUUAAAUUAGCAUCAGUGCAUCUGAAACACUAGAAAUAACACUAGACUCUAAGACUGUAUAAUUGUGUUUCAUGACAUCAUGAUUGAAAAGUGUUUUGAAUCAGGUGUAAAGAUGAUCGUUAAAUAUAUAGUGGAUUAGCAUUUUAGUAAUACAUGUUUGUAUUUCCCGAAUUUGUCUAAUUCUUGGCAUCAGUAGGUUAGUACCAGCACACGAAUAUUAAAAGUAGGUGUUCUUUGUUUCAGAAAUACGAUCGAGUGAAUUGUGUUUUUUCUUCCUCUGUUCUUAAUUCAUUACAGAAAAUAAUGCACAUUUGUCAUCAGUUUCCAUGCAAACAUUAUGGUGAUACAAAUCAUCCCCUGUCAAUUUUAAUGUGUUAAUGAUUAAUUGUUCAUGUCUUUGGCGGACAGCCUAUUUAUUAAUGCCUGCCUGUUUAACUCUUGGGGCUGUACAGUCACUUCCCCGUGAAGACUUCAGGGCAGCGAGGACACUGUAUCAUAUUUACGAUAUGUAGAUGAAGUGGUAGCCGUGCAUGGGUUUAGCACAGGCAAAAGUCAACAUGGUGGCUCGCUGAUAACCACUAGAGCAGAAGUAAUGAGGCCAUUUCUGAGCACAAAUGGCACAAGUCAGAUGGAAGGAAAACCAAUUGGCCACGCAUGUAUAUUUCCCUACUCUGCAUGGGGUCUUCAGGGUUAGAGAACAGAGGAAAGAAGAAGGAUUUUAAAGGCAGAGUUAAUUCUAUCAUUCAUUUUUACCUUUUUUCUGUGACUUGCAAGUUGUCCCUAAAUUCAUAUCACUUAUCAAUAUGAGGAGAUAUUUGCAUAUUAAAAUGCGCUCUGGA